AAAAUCCGUACCUUUGCUGUAGCAAUAGUAGGUGUUGGAGGAGUUGGUAGUGUGACUGCUGAAAUGCUGACAAGAUGUGGCAUUGUUGCUACUCUUUGACUAUGACAAGGUGGAACUAGCCAAUAUGAACAGACUUUUCUUCCAACCUCAUCAAGCAGGAUUGAGUAAAGUUCAAGCAGCAGAGCAUACUUUGAGGAACAUUAAUCCUGAUGUUCUUUUUGAAGUUCACAACUAUAAUAUAACCACAAUGGAAAACUUUCAACAUUUCAUGGAUAGAAUAAGUAAUGGUGGAUUAGAAGAAGGAAAGCCCGUUGAUCUAGUUCUUAGCUGUGUGGACAAUUUUGAAGCUCGAAUGGCAAUAAAUACAGCUUGUAAUGAACUUGGACAAACGUGGAUGGAAUCUGGGGUCAGUGAAAAUGCGGUUUCAGGGCAUAUCCAACUCAUAAUUCCUGGAGAAUCUGCUUGUUUUGCGUGCGCACCACCACUCGUGGUUGCUGCAAAUAUUGAUGAGAAGACUCUGAAGCGAGAAGGCGUUUGUGCGGCCAGUCUUCCAACCACCAUGGGAGUCGUCGCGGGGAUCUUGGUACAGAAUGUGCUGAAGUUUCUGUUAAAUUUUGGGACUGUUAGUUUUUACCUUGGAUACAAUGCGAUGCAGGAUUUUUUUCCUACUAUGUCCAUGAAGCCAAAUCCCCAGUGUGAUGACAGAAACUGCAGGAAGCAGCAAGAAGAAUAUAAGAAAAAGGUGGUGGCACUGCCUAAGCAGGAGGCUGUUCAAGAGGAGGACGAGAUAAUCCAUGAGGAUAACGAGUGGGGUAUUGAGCUGGUAUCUGAGGUUUCAGAAGAAGAACUAAAAAAUUCUUCAGGCCCAGUUCCUGAGUUACCUGAAGGAAUUACAGUGGCAUAUACAAUUCCCAAAAAGCAAGAAGAUUGUGUACCUCAAGUUACAGUGGAAGAUUCUGGUGAAAGCUUGGAAGAUCUCAUGGCCAAGAUGAAGAAUAUAUAGAUAAUGGACUGGCAUAUAUUUUAUUUUGUGUUUAAUCCCAUUGUUGAAAUUUUUAAAAGUCUAAACCUAAUAAAACUUAGGGCAACAUUA